AAAAUAGCGCAUUGUCUUUCUCGUCACUUCCUGUUCUGAAACCGGAAGCAGUGUUGAUGAGUUUUGUUUUCGUCACUUCUUGUUCCAAAACUCAAGCGGUCUCUUCACGCAGUGGCGAUCCUGAUUGUUUGCAGCGCGUUGAAGGUUUAGCAUAUUUGUUCCUAGUAUAUACUGUGACUUAUACUCUCUCAAAAUGUACGAUGCUGAUGAAGGUUUUAGAUUGUGAUUGGUAAGGCAUUGGCAUUUUCAGACGAUGUUACCAUCCUUCAAGCAUUUGGCAUUUCUUUAUAUAUGCAGUAUGAUGAAGAUGAUGAUGAAAUCACUCCAGACCUGUGGCAGGAGGCAUGUUGGAUUGUUAUUAGCUCGUAUUUUGAUGAAAAGGGCUUGGUACGGCAGCAGCUUGAUUCCUUUGAUGAGUUCAUACAGAUGUCUGUACAGAGAAUUGUAGAAGAUGCCCCACCUAUAGAUCUUCAAGCUGAAGCUCAACAUACAACAGGAGAAGUAGAAGAGCCUCCUAGGUACCUGUUAAAAUUUGAACAGAUUUACUUAUCUAAACCUACACACUGGGAAAGAGAUGGCGCUCCCUCGCCAAUGAUGCCAAAUGAAGCAAGGUUAAGAAAUCUAACGUAUUCUGCCCCUCUUUAUGUGGACAUAACUAAGACAGUGGUGAAAGAAGGAGAGGAACAAAUUCAAACACAACAUCAGAAAACUUUCAUAGGCAAAAUACCGAUCAUGUUACGCUCAACAUACUGUUUGUUAAAUGGCUUGACUGACCGUGAUCUUUGUGAGUUAAAUGAAUGCCCACUUGAUCCAGGAGGCUAUUUUAUUAUAAAUGGAUCUGAAAAGGUUCUUAUUGCUCAGGAAAAGAUGGCUACAAACACAGUAUAUGUGUUUGCAAAGAAGGAUUCAAAGUAUGCUUACACUGCAGAGUGUAGGUCCUGUCUGGAAAAUUCAUCAAGACCAACCAGCUCUAUAUGGGUUAGCAUGCUUGCUAGAGGAGGUCAGGGUGCCAAAAAAAGUGCUAUAGGUCAGCGCAUUGUUGCAACCCUACCUUAUAUCAAGCAGGAAGUUCCCAUCAUUAUUGUCUUCCGUGCUUUAGGAUUUGUGUCUGACAGGGACAUAUUAGAACAUAUUAUUUAUGACUUUGAAGAUCCAGAGAUGAUGGAAAUGGUCAAACCAUCGCUUGACGAAGCUUUUGUUAUUCAGGAACAAAACGUGGCUCUUAAUUUUAUUGGUUCUAGAGGUGCUAAGCCUGGUGUUACAAAAGAAAAAAGGAUCAAAUAUGCAAAAGAAGUCCUACAGAAGGAAAUGCUUCCACAUGUUGGUGUCAGUGAUUUCUGUGAAACAAAAAAAGCUUACUUUCUAGGAUACAUGGUUCACAGGCUACUUCUGGCGGCUUUGGGAAGAAGAGAACUUGAUGACAGAGAUCAUUAUGGUAACAAAAGAUUGGAUCUGGCUGGGCCAUUACUGGCUUUUCUUUUUCGAGGGAUGUUCAAGAAUUUGCUAAAAGAAGUUCGAAUUUAUGCACAAAAAUUUAUUGAUCGAGGAAAAGAUUUUAAUCUGGAACUAGCAAUCAAAACCAGGAUAAUUUCUGAUGGAUUGAAGUAUUCUUUAGCCACUGGAAAUUGGGGUGACCAAAAGAAAGCACAUCAAGCAAGAGCUGGUGUGUCCCAGGUGUUAAAUCGGCUAACCUUUGCAUCAACUCUUUCUCAUCUCCGGAGAUUAAAUUCCCCUAUUGGGAGGGAUGGGAAACUUGCAAAACCACGACAAUUGCACAACACUCUGUGGGGAAUGGUUUGUCCUGCUGAGACCCCAGAGGGCCAUGCUGUAGGACUUGUUAAGAAUUUGGCGUUGAUGGCCUACAUUUCCGUUGGUUCUCAGCCGUCACCUAUACUAGAGUUCUUAGAAGAAUGGAGUAUGGAAAACCUAGAAGAAAUUUCUCCAGCAGCCAUUGCAGAUGCCACCAAAAUAUUUGUUAACGGUUGCUGGGUUGGAAUUCACAAAGAUCCAGAACAGCUGAUGAACACUCUUCGGAAGCUACGCCGCCAAAUGGAUAUUAUUGUUUCUGAGGUGUCAAUGAUUAGAGAUAUCAGAGAAAGAGAAAUUCGUAUUUAUACUGAUGCUGGCCGAAUUUGCAGGCCUCUGUUAAUUGUGGAAAAGCAAAAACUGCUUCUAAAACGGAGACACAUUGAUCAGCUCAAAGAGAGAGAAUACAAUAAUUACAGUUGGCAGGAUCUUGUAGCUAGUGGUGUUGUGGAAUAUAUUGACACGCUAGAGGAAGAGACUGUUAUGCUUGCUAUGACACCAGAUGAUUUGCAGGAAAAGGGAGUGGCUUAUUGUUCAACUUACACACACUGCGAAAUUCAUCCCUCAAUGAUCCUAGGUGUCUGUGCUUCUAUUAUUCCCUUCCCUGAUCAUAACCAGUCUCCUAGAAACACAUAUCAGUCUGCCAUGGGCAAACAAGCAAUGGGUGUCUAUAUUACAAAUUUUCAUGUUCGUAUGGAUACUUUGGCACAUGUUUUAUAUUACCCUCAGAAACCUCUGGUAACUACAAGGUCCAUGGAGUACCUAAGAUUCAGGGAGCUUCCAGCUGGUAUCAACUCCAUUGUAGCUAUUGCCUCUUAUACUGGAUACAAUCAAGAGGAUUCUGUUAUUAUGAAUCGCUCUGCUGUUGACAGAGGAUUUUUCAGGUCUGUGUUCUACCGUUCAUACAAAGAACAAGAGUCCAAAAAGGGAUUUGACCAGGAAGAAGUUUUUGAGAAACCAACUCGUGAAACGUGUCAGGGGAUGAGGCAUGCUAUUUAUGAUAAAUUGGAUGAUGAUGGCUUGAUAGCACCUGGUGUACGUGUGUCAGGGGAUGACGUAAUUAUUGGCAAGACAGUAACUCUGCCUGAAAAUGAAGACGAGUUAGAAAGUACUAAUCGCCGUUACACGAAGAGAGACUGUAGCACUUUCCUACGUACUAGUGAAACUGGAAUUGUUGAUCAGGUCAUGGUGACACUUAAUCAAGAGGGAUACAAGUUUUGUAAAAUUAGGGUGCGUUCAGUUCGGAUUCCUCAAAUUGGAGAUAAGUUUGCUAGCCGUCAUGGGCAGAAAGGUACCUGUGGUAUUCAGUACAGGCAAGAGGACAUGCCUUUUACUUGUGAAGGAAUUACACCUGAUAUUAUCAUCAACCCUCAUGCAAUCCCUUCUCGUAUGACAGUUGGACAUUUGAUUGAAUGUCUGCAGGGGAAGGUAUCUGCAAACAAAGGGGAAAUAGGUGAUGCAACACCCUUUAAUGAUGCUGUAAAUGUGCAAAAAAUUUCAAAUCUGUUAUCGGAUUAUGGAUAUCAUCUUCGAGGAAAUGAGGUUCUGUACAAUGGAUUCACUGGACGUAAAAUUACAUCCCAGAUCUUCAUUGGGCCAACCUAUUACCAGAGAUUAAAGCACAUGGUGGAUGAUAAAAUUCAUUCCCGUGCUAGAGGUCCUAUUCAGAUUUUGAAUAGACAACCCAUGGAAGGCAGAUCCCGGGAUGGAGGUCUACGUUUUGGAGAAAUGGAACGUGAUUGUCAGAUUGCCCAUGGAGCUGCUCAGUUCUUAAGAGAGAGGUUGUUUGAAGCUUCUGAUCCUUAUCAAGUUCAUGUCUGCAAUCUCUGUGGCUUGAUGGCAAUUGCCAAUACAAGAACCCAUACAUAUGAAUGUAGGGGAUGUCGGAACAAAACACAGAUAUCUUUGGUGCGAAUGCCCUAUGCCUGCAAACUUCUGUUUCAAGAAUUAAUGUCAAUGAGUAUUGCUCCACGCAUGAUGACCUCAUAAUACAUUUUUUAUGUUUAUUACAUCAUAAUGUGAUAUUAGGUUGCCUUUUAAUGUAAAAUAUAAUAAAUUGUUUUGCAAAUAAUGCAUUACUCUUUGCUUAAACUGUGCCUAUGUAUUGUAAGUGUAUUUUUACAGGGGUGAAUAAAGUGUGAAAUUUG